UCUCAACUUUGCUGUUCCGUGAAGAAUUUGUCAGACAAAGUAGGAGGAAUGCUUUGUUGUCGUGGUACAGCAAACAAGUAUAGCAGUCUAGAUGCAAAGCUUGAAAAGAGAAUGGUUGAAUUUAAAAGAAGUUCUUCAGGCCAAAGCAAUUUUAGGUCAAUUGACAGCAUAAUUUUGAGGUUCCCUCAGUUUAGAGAAGAACUGAAGAACAUAAGAAACGUGUUUGACCUGUAUGAUGAGGACUCAAAUGGAACUAUAGACCGUGAGGAGCUGAAGAAAUGCUUACAGAAACUGCAGCUCCAUCUGACAGCGGAAGAGAUUGAGGAUCUUUUUCAUUCAUGCGACAUGGAUGGGAGUGAAGGGAUACAAUUCAAUGAAUUCAUUGUUCUUCUGUGUCUCAUCUAUCUAUUAAAGGACCCCCAUACGGCAUCAAAGAUAGACUCUCCACAGCUAGAAGCAACUUUUGAUACUGUGAUUGAAGUAUUUUUGUUUCUGGAUAAAAAUGGUGAUGGCAAACUGAACAAGACAGAAGUGGUGAAGGCACUCAAUGAAGCUUCUCCCCGUGAAAAAUCUCCUUCUCAUGUCAGCAGGAAUCGAUUUAGUAAUGAUUCUUUGCAUAUACAAUAA